AUGAACUCGAUAGACAACAAUCAAUUCGAAAUUAAAUCAACCAAGAGAAAAAUUCAAAGCGGCCCAAACGUUUACCUCAACCCCGCGUUAGACCUGCUCGCUAAUGAAGAUCGCAUGUGCAACACAGCUAUGGAAAUAACACCAAAUAAAAAACGUAAAUGUACCAAAAGCUCUGAAAUUGCUGCAUUUGAAAACACUGCCUUGGACCUUGGAAUAAGUAAGGCAGCGGUGAAUGAAUUCCUUCAGAGAGAACUGAAUAAUGUUCGGAAAAAUAUAAAGCAUGAUAAUGAGCUCACCGAAUCACCUAAUUCUGAAAACAUUGAACCCGAGCCUAUAUAUGUCAAUAUAAUGGAUACCCACAGAGGAAUAAAACAUUAUGACAAACAAAACAACCAAGAAGAAACCAAUUUAGAUAUUGAUGAGAAUGAAUUAGAUUCAGGAAUUUCUGUUCUUGAACAGAAGUCGCUGAACACAGCUACUUUUUCAAGCGAUUUAGAUAAUAUAUCAGCAAUAAACACUACAAACAUACAAACAAAUGUCACUAAUCAAAUAUUUGUAAACAACAACAGCAAUCUCAAUUUGAGUUUCAUCGAUCGGCUUGCUCUGGACUCACCGGCAGCAUCUAACCAGUCUUUAUAUCUAGACGAUGACUUAAAUGAAAGUAAUAUUAUGGAAAUAAAAACUAUUACAAUCAUUACAAAGAAGAAACUCAUACAAAAGAAAACUACAAACCCAUUUUUGGAUCCGAAUCUGGAUGUCAAUGAUGUGCCAUUAGGCGAGAAUCCAUUUUUAGUAGACAACAAUACAGAGAUGGAGUAUAACAUGUGUGAGAUGAAUGAAAAUAUUCCACCAACUAAUAUGAUACCUAGGAAACUGUUUACGAGUGAAACUAACAGUACUAUAUCAACAGUGAAUGAAUCAUCAACCAGCCAUGACUAUGAAAAUAUAGAUAGUUACCGAGCUGAGAGUCCUAUCUACGAAAAUGUGAUGGAUGGAACUGCAGACACUUUUAACAAACAGAGUAAGAUCUUAGGCUGUGAUGUAUCACACUUCAGCGCUGUCGAUAUCAUGAAUUUGAAUAAAAAUAGCCAAACUAACAAUCCUAAUGAAUCUAACGACAGCAAGAAAGAUUUGAAGCACCAUAUACUUAAAGCAAGCAAUAAGCUAUCCAAGAAAGUGUUUAAGACAUUGAAAAAGAAAUUCAAGGGUGAGAAAGUUGAGCACAACAUUACAUUGAACCCCUAUGAGGUACCUCGGAAACCUCCAAAGAUGAAAAUCGAAAAACCAGAGCCAGGGAUUGAGAAUCCUGCACUUAAUUUGGACAACUCAGAUGAUAUUGAAAUUGAAGAGCUGGAUGAUGAAGAGCAUCAGUAUGAAACGAUAAAAACUAUUCGGAAUACACAACUAAAUACAAAUAUCACGCCACUGAAAGAAAGAGUUAUCGAUAAUCAUGAUCUCUCAAACAAUAGAACUUAUACACCAAGCAAAAAAGUCAGAUUUGACUCCACACUGAACCGAGAGAAAGUUAUAACAGGGAAUAGUUUUGAUUGUGACAUCCAGAGUCCAGGGUUUGAUUCCAAAAUUGACAAGUAUCAUGAUGAACUUGAAAAUUGCAUAAAUGAAAAGAAAUUUCUGCAACAGAAUAUGUAG